AGCGGCGCCGCGCGUUCCCGUGGAGGGCCCCGCCAUGUCCGCCGACUGGCUGAGGCGCUUGCGGCGGGGCGGCCCCGCGGAGCGGCCCGGCGGCGCGCAGGGGCCUGGGCCCGGCCCGCCGCCCACCGCCCUCCGCUACCGCCGGCCUAAGUUCCUGCGUGGUGGUGGCGGCGGCGGCGGAGAGGAGAGCCCGCGGGGCGGGCGGGCCGUGCGGGGCACCGGGCCCGAGCGGUCCCUGCCUUGGGGCGCGGGCUACGCCGAGGUUAUCAAUGCUGAGAAGUCGGAGUUCAACGAGGACCAGGCAGCCUGCUGUCAGAUCUCCAUCCGGAGGAGAGAGCCGGGCCUGGAGGAGGACGAGGAAUGGCUGAUCCUGUGCUCCACCCAGUUUCUGACUGGUUACUACUGGGCACUGUUUGACGGCCACGGUGGCCCAGAAGCUGCCAUCAUCGCCUCCAACUAUUUGCACUACUGCAUCAAGCAGAAGCUGGAGGAGGUUGUGGGAGGCAUCACAGAGGCCCGUCCCCCCAUGCAUCUCAGCGGACGCUGCGUUUGCGACAGCGACCCCCAGUUCGUGGAGGAGAAGCACAUCCAUGCAGAAGACCUGGUGGUGGGAGCACUGGAGAAUGCCUUCCAGGAAUGCGAUGAAGUCAUCGGCCAGGAGAUGGAAGCUACAAACCAGACGGGAGGCUGCACUGCUCUGGCUGCCCUUUAUUUCCAGAGAAAGCUGUAUGUGGCUAAUGCUGGGGACAGCAGGGCGAUUCUUGUUCUGAAGGACAAUGUUGUGCCCAUGAGCUGUGAGUUCACACCCGAGACAGAGAGGCAGCGAAUCCAGCACUUGGCUUUUCUUUUCCCCAAGCUCCUGGACGGCGAGUUCACACGCUUUGAGUUUCCACGGAGGUUGAAGGGAGAUGACGUGGGCCAGAAAGUCCUGUACCGGGAUUACUUCAUGGAGGGCUGGGGAUACAAGACGGUGGAGAAAGCCGACCUCAAGUAUCCUCUUGUCCAUGGUCACGGGAAGCAGGCUCGGUUGCUGGGGACUCUGGCAGUCUCUCGAGGUCUGGGGGAUCAUCAACUCAAAGUCAUCGACACCAACAUUGAAGUCAAACCUUUUCUCUCCUGCAUUCCCAAGGUGAAUGUAUUUGACUUUGCUCUGCAUGACAUUAAGGAAGACGAUGUCCUCAUCAUGGCAACCGAUGGCCUUUGGGAUGUUCUGUGCAACAAAGAGGUGGCUCAUAUGGUCAGGAGCUUCCUUGCAGAAAACAGGACAGAUCCUCACAGAUUUUCAGAACUGGCCAAGUGCUUGGUAUGCAGAGCAAGGGGAAAGAAGAGAGCCCACCAGUGGAUGCUGGAUGACAGCCACGAGGCAUCCUACGAUGACAUCUCUGUAUUUGUCAUCCCACUACACAACAGGGAUGAGGACUGACUGUUAGCAUGACACGCAGGAUCUCUGUGUCACCCUACCAUGGUGCUAUUCAGCAUCAACCUGAGACUGAGGGAUUUCUGCUAUGCAUGUACACUCUCUUCCAGCAAAACCAUCUGCAGUGGAAUCUGAAAAUGCACAGCCAGCACUUAUGCAGAAGAUCAACAUGAACGUUAGCUCCUUAAGAACAUGCAAGAGAGGAACAAUGGGCAACAAAUCAUUCCCCUUACUCCUUUCUCAUUGUUGGGCUAAGGAGAAAUUGCAAAGGGGGCCACACAAGCUGAAGGGUACUAUUUCUAAGAUCUUUGCAGUACAGCGAGACUCAAAUCCACAUUUCUAGUGACCCCUCUCCCUUUUUAAUAUUGAAGAAUGAGGAUCAGUUGAGAUCCAACCAGUCUCAAGAGCUGGCUUUUAAUCAGACUUGAACGUGUAAAACUGGAUGCAUAAGCUAAAGCGUCCCUCAUAUCCAUUUGCUGUAACACGAGAUGUACUGAAAACCCGGGAGCUGCUGCUAAGACAGCAUUAGGCAUGGCCAUGCCUGCAUAAUGCAAAUGCUGAAGCAGUAGCCCAGACCUGUUGAGAAAGUUGCCAUUUGUAGGCAGCACCACCUCAAAACAGACAACGUUAGCAGAUGAAACUACACAUUGGUGUACAGGAGCCUCCUGUGUAAAGAUACACGCCUUACUGUUAUUUAAGAGUAUUUAAGUAUAUUGGUAUGUAAUGCAACAUACAAAUUUCUAACUAAUCUUAGUCCACAACACUCACUAACACUUUUUCUAUUCAUUCAGGUAAUUUCUGACAGCAAAGCUGGUUUUGUAGCAGUAGCACUGAUGAGAACCAAAGUGUUUAAGUACAUCAGCUGAUUUAGUAGAAGAGCUCCAAGUAAAAUAAAACCGGUUUGUUCAAAUUUGUCUACAGUGCUGAGCAAGCACUUACACUCAUUACAACAGGAACAGCAGCACAGCAGACAUGGCAAACAGCAUUGUGCCUUAAACUCUGAGGAUCUGCUUCUCAACCUGUUCAUUAGCCAGGCAAAUUCAGGUCUGGACAAGCUUCCCAUCUCCCCGAGUCUCCACUUUGGUUUUCAUUAUUCAUUACACAAACUGCAAGAUUCCCAAGUGAAGUAGACAAACCCCAGCAUGUGUUUUAAGUUCUACAAGGAUUAAAGUCCAAAUAAAAAUACCUUUUUUUUUU